AUGCCAAGUGAAAUAAUUACCCUGCAAUUGGGCCAAUGCGGCAAUCAGAUUGGCUUUGAGUUUUGGAAGCGCCUGUGCCUGGAGCAUGGCAUUUCCCCGGAUGGGGUGCUUGAAGACUUUGCGGCCGACGGACACGAUCGCAAGGAUGUGUUCUUCUACCAGGCGGACGACAAUCAUUAUAUACCACGUGCCGUACUUCUCGAUCUAGAACCUCGCGUCAUUCACAACAUCAUGAGCUCGACCUAUGCCAAGCUAUACAAUCCGGAGAACGUCUACUUGUCCAAACACGGUGGCGGCGCUGGCAACAACUGGGCUUCUGGCUUCAGCCAAGGCGAAAAGGUGCAGGAGGAGGUGUUCGACAUAAUUGAUCGAGAAGCCGAUGGCAGCGACUCGCUCGAGGGCUUUGUGCUCUGCCACUCCAUAGCCGGCGGCACGGGCUCCGGCAUGGGCUCCUACGUGCUGGAACGUCUGUCCGACCGAUUCCCCAAGAAGCUCAUUCAAACGUACAGCGUUUUCCCCAAUCAGGACGAGAUCAGCGACGUUGUUGUACAGCCGUACAAUUCGAUACUCACCCUGAAGCGGCUGACCAAGUGCGCAGACUGUGUCGUGGUGCUGGACAACACGGCCUUGAAUCGCAUAGCCACCGAACGGCUUCACAUACAAACGCCCACAUUCACCCAGAUCAACAACCUGGUGUCCACCAUCAUGAGCGUUAGCACAACCACCUUGCGCUAUCCCUCCUACAUGAACAACAAUCUGAUUGGUCUGACCGCGCCACUGAUUCCUACGCCGCAGCUGCACUUUCUCAUGACGGGCUACACGCCGCUGAUCACAGACCUCGAGACCAAGACAAAUGUGCGCAGGACAACGGUUUUGGAUGUGAUGCGCCGCUUGCUACAGCCGAAGAACAUGAUGGUGUCAUCCACCGCCGACAAGCGACACUGUUACAUCUCCAUAUUGAACAUUAUACAGGGCGAGGUGGAUCCCACGCAGGUGCACAAGUCGCUGCAGCGAAUACGGGAGCGCAAGCUGGCGCAGUUUAUACCCUGGGGCCCGGCUAGCAUUCAGGUGGCGCUAUCACGCAGCUCGCCCUACGUCCAGACGGCGCACAAAGUGUCCGGCCUGAUGAUGGCCAAUCACACGGGCGUAAGUGCUCUCUUCAACCGUGCUCUGGCCCAGUAUGACAAGCUGAAGAAACGCAACGCCUUUCUGGAUCAGUUUCGGCGGGAGCCCAUGUUUCAAGAUGAUCUGACCGAGCUGGAUUUGGCGCGCGACACAGUUGACUGCCUGGUGCAGGAGUACGAGGCAGCCACACAGAUGGACUACCGGCACUGGAGUCCGCUAUCAAAUGGUGUCAAGGCGUAA